CCUAUGCAUGGAAAUACCAUUAAAGCACCUUGUGGUCUGAAAACUCGACCUUUUGAUGCCAUCAGGGCUGAAGUGAGAGCAUUCUUUGACGUGCAUGAGCAAGAAGGAAGCCAUCCAGGAGGAGUUCACCUAGAGAUGACCGGCCAAAAUGUAACAGAGUGCAUUGGUGGAUCAAGGACCGUGACUUUCGAUGAUCUGAGCUCACGCUAUCACACCCACUGCGAUCCUAGACUCAAUGCAUCUCAAUCCCUUGAACUCGCCUUUAUUAUCGCUGAACGCCUCAGAAAGAGGAGGCUUGGAUCUCAAAGCUCAUUAAGUUACUAAAUAUGUAGAAUGCUUAAGUUGCUAUGUUGACAAAAUUUCUUCUUUUACUUAAAUUAUGAAUCGCUGUACUAAUAUUUUUUCUUUUAAAUCUUGAGGAUAUGUUACAUUUACCUUGUGUUCAUACUGGAAGAGUGAAAAUGUAUGAGAGCUUGAUGUAUCAAAACAAAGUGUAUUAGAGUUUGAUGAAUGCUGAGACUAAGCAAUAAAGCAAAGAAGUUUCUCUUUUUCUUUUAA